UAAUAUUGAGCUUGGGAAUUAGAGGGAGAAUCAGCUCGAAGCGAGCGGAGGAUACGAGGGGACGGACGAUUAUCUCAUUAUCCAGCGGUUGCUCUUCCAACUAUGUGGCCACAGUCAACAGUUUGAUGACGCCGAUUGUAUCCAGUGCUCACACGCUGCUCUCGUAGAUGAUGGGAGUUUAUUUGUCCAUUCCAUUGCACUUUCUGUAGGAGUUGCUUGGUUAACAAUGUGUGGGUCCCACACGGCAUGGAAUGUAGCCUGAGCUGGUAUCAUUCAGAUCUCACUUCCCCGGCCGCGCUGCGAAAGAAACUGUUGCUGCUUUUCACCAUGCUCCUCCUCUGGCUCUACAUCCUCUACUCUUGCGCCGGGCUCUGCCUCUCCAUGCCCAACCUGGUCUACGACUACGAGACGGCCCGGCAGAAGUCAGCCACAGUGCCUGGAGCCGGGGUCUCGGAGCUGAGGUCCAAGCUGCUGCUCCGAGCCCAGCAGGCAGGUGAGGCGGCUCCCGGCUUCAUGCCCGCUUCCAGAGACUUGCUGCAGGACGACGUGGCGGCGGAGCAGACCGAGAGCCCGACGGCCGCCAGCGGACACUCGCAGAAGCCGCUUGAUCUCAACCUGGGCGGCUUCGGGGCGAAGAAACUCCCGCAGGCGAUCAUCAUCGGGGUGAAGAAGGGAGGCACCCGGGCUCUGCUCGAAUUUCUCCGGGUCCACCCCGACAUCAGGGCGGUGGGAGCUGAGCCGCAUUUCUUCGAUCGACACUAUGACAAGGGGAUGGAGUGGUAUAAGGACCUGAUGCCUAAGACACUGGACGGUCAAAUCACCAUGGAGAAAACUCCCAGUUACUUUGUCACUAAGGAAGCAGCUGCUCGAAUCUAUGCAAUGUCCAAGGAUGCCAAACUAAUAGUGGUGGUUCGGGAUCCUGUCACUCGGGCUAUCUCUGACUACACACAAACUCUCUCAAAAAAGCCCGAUAUCCCCAGUUUUGAGAGCUUGACUUUCAAAAACAGGACUACAGGCCUGAUUGACACUUCAUGGAGUGCUAUUCAAAUUGGCAUCUAUGCCAAGCACCUGGAGAAUUGGCUGCAGUACUUCCCAAUGCGUCAGAUCCUGUUUGUGAGUGGAGAGAGGCUGAUCAGUGACCCAGCAGGAGAACUAAGCAGGGUGCAAGACUUUCUGGGUCUGAAGAGAAUUAUCACAGACAAACAUUUUUACUUUAACCAGACCAAGGGCUUUCCUUGCUUGAAGAAGCCAGAGGGAAGCAGCAAGCCCCAUUGUCUGGGCAAAACAAAAGGCAGAACCCAUCCCAACAUUGAUCCAGAGGUGGUUCAGAGACUGAGAGACUUCUAUAGGCCUUUCAACAUGAAAUUUUACCAAAUGACAGGACAGAACUUUGGCUGGGACUAAGGUCAAUUUAACUUAGUAAUGACUAUAGAGACAUGUGAAUUUAUUGCUAUAUAUUAUAUAUAUAUGUAACUUGUACAGAAAUCUAUUUUAUAAUAAUUUAUUUUUAAUUCUUAAGCAAUUAAUUCACUAAGCUGCCUAACCACAUUGUACACUGUAUAUAGAUCAGCCCAUAUCUUCUAACAUUCCACAAUUUUAUUUGCAUUGCUCAUUGAUGGUGCUGUCUUUCAUUGAUUAAGUUUUAAUAUCUAAAAGCACAUUUUUUUGUUACGGGUAUUCAGUGUUCAUAAGAUCUAACGGUUGGACAUUUGAUUCCUUGCUGAUAAACAUUGACUGAAUGCAGAAAGCUGCUGCAGUACAAGUCCAUCAUGAAUGCAAUGAGCGGUCAGUUUGUAUAUCUCAGAGCAGAAAAUGCACAUGGCAGACAAACAAAUCUACUUUGCCUGUCAACAACAAGAAGGAAGACUAUAAAUUAAUUCACUGCCAUACCUUGUUUAAAUCACAGUUGGCACUGUAGUGUCCAAGACCUGUAAUGAACAGAUAAUUAUCAGUGUCUUGUUGCUUAAAUCCUUUAGUUUGUCUUCUGUCCCUAAGUUCACAGAUUCCAUGUUUCUUUUUGAUUUUUAUGGCAUGAAUUACUGUUAGAUUAACAACAACAAAGUCUGUCAAUCUGAGCAGCUUGAGUAAAUGGCAAUCCCCGAAUGGAUUAACAGAUAUGUUGGAAUCACCGUUCUCCCCCCAACAAAAUAGGACUCAGCUUUGAAAGAUGUCCAUUUAUUUCCCCUACUAUAAUUCAACAUAAGUAUAAUUAAAAUUUCUUAAUUAGUUUGUGAUCUGCAGACUGAAAUUUUUUCUCACCCCUUUAAUCCUAAUGUUAUAACUCUGUUGCAAGAAGAUAGUGAUUAUUUGAUAGUGGCAGCAGUAAGGUUGCUGUUGCCUUGAGUAAUUAAAAAUGGGAUGUCCAACAUCCUCAUUGUCAGUUCAGAUCUUACCUGUGCUCCUGGUGUAACUCUGGGGUGAACUGGUUGUGCAAUUGACCAUUUUCCUUCUCAAUGGUAAAUACUGAGUAAAUAUAGUUUAUAAAAUAUGAGGAAGAACUGCUGCUGUCAUUUCAAGCUGUACCGUGUCCAAUUGUUGCAUGAAGCAGUUUGUUCAAAGCCAAGAAUUGAUUUGUCCCUGUAGAAAUCCUGUGUAAGUGAUUGCAAAACAACAUGGAAUGGCUUGGUAAUAGGGAAGGUCUACUUUGGCUCAAAUUAUGCUUGUGCUUUUCAGAAAAGGAAGAUUGAAAUGAAGGCGAAAGCCUGCACUGACACAUUAUUUGUGUUACUUGGGUGCUGGCUGCUUUCAAACCUUUGCUAGAUCCUAUGGUUUUGUUUAGGUCCACAGUGGGAAAGCCACAAGGCCCAUAAUGAUGAAAUCUCUAACAAUGUUUUUCAAACUUCCUUCUCUGUUUUAUCGACAAAAUGCUGCCUGUUUCUUUUACUUAUUAAAAAAAAAGUGAGCCUCUUACCAGAUGUCUGUUAUUUAGUCUUCAUCCAUGCUGAUCUAUUAAGGUUAGCUAGAAAUUUUGCUAAUGAACAAAACACAACUUUCCUGUCUAUUUUUUAUUUGGAUUUUUGUUAAGAUUCUCAUUUUGUUUGUUAACUGAUUUUUACCCCUGGAUUCAGGUCUUUUAGUUCUUUAUAAAGUCACAAUUGCUUUUAAGAUUAGAAAAUUUCCUCCAAGAUGCCAUCAUUCAGAGACAAAAACUGUUCCUAUACAAAAUGGAAGCUAUCUAUAACAUGUUGAAUGCACUGAGGCUGCAAUGAAAUGCUUUACAUUGCUGUUUUGCCAUUGAAAUGAAUUAUACAUCUGCUAAGUUCAGCCCAAUGCAUGAGAUCACGGUGUAUCCAAUCCAUUGUCUUCCGAAAGGUAAAUUUGUACCUUGACAUGGUGGUUAGCUAUCAGUUUGUAAUAAUAAGUAUGUGGCUGAGUUUUAUUCAGCUUGCAUUCAAAAGUACGUAUAUUAGCAAAUUUCUUCUGAUAAUAUUGUACUUUAGAAUAGUUAAAGUGUAAAAAAAUAUGUAAAUCAAGUAUUUUGUGGUAUGUACAACAGAAAAUUAAUUUUACACAGAUAAAAAUGUUUCUUUCUAGGAAUUUGAAAAUAAAGCAUUCUGUUUCUUGUUAUGAAGAAACAAAUAAAAUAUAUUUUACC